AUGAAUUUGUUACGAUGUCGCAGAUUAAAAUAUACACAAGUCGGUCACGUAAAAACGCCUAAUAAAGCAUUAUUUUGGCCACAGAUACAAUAUAAAUAUGCAUUAUCUCAACCAAUAGAUUUUAUUUCACCGAAUUCGUCAUUGGAAAAUUUCAUUCCACAACAAAUAUUUGGAUCAUUUUACACUAAGUAUAAUGCCACAAAAAUAAAUAGUUAUGCUGUAUCAAGUAAUAGUUUAAGAUAUAUUAUUGAUAAGAAAAAUCACACUAUCAAUUAUACUACACCAAUUAUAUGGUCUCCAUUAGGUUGUUUACCUAGCCUGUCAUCAGCUAUAAUUAUUCCUUAUCGUAAAAGAGAACAACAUUUACGAGUGUUAACAGAUCAUUUACAUGGAUUUUUACGACAUCAAAGAAUACCAUAUACCAUUUUUAUUAUUGAACAGGAUCUAUCUUUUGAGUUUUGUUUAGAACAUGAAAGGCGUGCAUAUUAUUUAUGUUAUCAUUGUCAAAGUAUUUCAAAGUCUAAACAAGUACUUUUGAUGAAAAGAUUUCAAAUAAAGCGAAUUCUAUAUGAAAACUAACCCAUGGACAAGCUUAUGACUUAGGAUUAUUUGUUUCGAACUUCUAAAUGCUACACAUGUCCUUACAAAUUGCAGUGUCGGCUGCUAUGUUAAGCCCACAUAGCUUAUUCUAGCUUCUGGACAGGCUAAUUUAUUCAUUCU